AUGUGGCGGAAACGGUCCGGCUACUACACGGCCGAGAGCCACACCAAUGAAGUGUACGUGGAAGAAGCCCCCCCCGAGCCUGCCCUGGACUACCGACGAGUUCCCCAGUGGUGUGCCACGCUCAACAUCCACCGCGGAGAGGCCACUUGCUACUCGCCCCGGGGCAGCUCCUACCGCAGCAGCCUGGGGACGCGCUCAUGGCCGGGCAGCCGCUUCCCUCCCCUCUUUGUUCUCUGCAUCCCAGAAAUCCGCUGCCACGUGCUGCCAGCGGUGCUGCGGGGCUCCUACGUGUGCUCGGCCGGCGUGCAGAUGGAUUCCCGCUGCGACUACACCUGCCUGCCCGGCUACCAGCUGGAGGGUGACCGGAGCCGUAUCUGCAUGGAAGACGGGCGCUGGAGCGGGAGCGAGCCAAUCUGUGUAGAUUUGGAGCCUCCCAAAAUCCGCUGCCCGGACUCCCGGGAGCGGAUAGCUGAGCCAGGCAAGCUGACCGCCACCGUCUACCGCGGCGUGAAGGACUCUGCUGAUGGCAUCAUCAAGAGGGUGAUGCUGCGGGGCCCGGAGCCCGGCUCCGAAUUCCCCGAAGGAGAGACUGUGAUCCGCUACACAGCCCACGACCAGGCGUACAACCGAGCCAGCUGCAAGUUCAGCAUCCGCGUCCAAGCCAUGCAGAUCAACACAGCCGUGAACUCGGCCGCCAGCCUGCUGGAUCAGUUCCACGAGAAACGCCGCCUCCUCGUCAUCUCAGCCCCUGACCCCUCCAACCGCUACUACAAGAUGCAGAUCUCCAUGCUGCAGCAAGCCGCCUGCGGGCUGGACCUGCGUCACGUCACCACCGUGGAGCUGGUGGGACAGCCCCCGCAUGAGGUAGGACGCAUCCGGGAGCACCAGCUGUCCCUUGGCAUCAUCGAGGAGCUCAGUCGCCCACUGUAG